AUGGCUGGGGGGCGCAAAACGCGGGUAGUGUGCAUAUCGGAUACGCAUAAUCAGACGCCCAAGCUGCCGCGCGGCGAUGUGUUGAUUCAUGCUGGGGAUUUGACGAACCAGGGGAGUUAUAGUGAAUUGAAGAAGACGGUUGAGUGGCUCGAGAGGCAGGAUUUCGAGGCCAAGUUUGUGGUUGCCGAGUCGACAUCGAUUACCUAUCUUGAGAACGCGGCUACGCAGAUCAGGCUCACUUCGGGCACGUGCUUCACGGUAUUUGGUAGUCCGUGUACUCCCAAACAGGGUACAUGGGCAUUUCAGUAUGCUGGUAACCAGGAAGCAGAGUGCGUGUGGAGUAGGAUACCAGACGGCGUGGAUGUAGUCGUGACACAUACACCGCCCAAGGGGCACUGCGAUGGGACAGCAGAGGGAUUGACAGAUAAAAGGGAAGGAUGUCCCUCGCUGCUGAAGAGGUUGUCGCAGGUAAGACCCAAGCUGAACAUAUGCGGUCAUAUCCACGGUGGAUGGGGCGUGGAGACAGUGCGAUGGAGAUUGACGCCAGACGAUGUUAGUGGCAAUCUAGUCGAGGACGUAGCGUUCUGGAACGAGCCAGGAGCCAGCAGCAAGAAACUUUUCCUGGUCGACCUGACGAUCAAAUCGAGAGCAGGGCGCAGUUUGGGCUGCGAUGCAAGUUUGACACGUCAACGGAAGCCUGACUCGCUGCAAGACGGCACUCGAGGCCAGCCUGAUGCGUCUCUUGCACCAGAUGAUAAGACGGCACAUCAGCCUCGAUCCGGUGGUGAGAGGCUUGUGUCGUCAGGGAGGCUUGCUGAUGCUGGCCUGGGAAACAAUGAAGCGUUGUGGGGUGGUGGGCAGGCGCACGUGAGCGGCGUGGGACAUGGUCGACCUGACGAGGCUACGCAGGGUCCUGACGACAGGGACGAGAGGGGCACAUGUUCUGACACUGACGGUGAUGGGCAAGGCGCGCGUACCGAGACUACAGUAGUGAACGCAGCGUAUCUGGGCCCGAGGGUGGGCGGCAGAGCAGUUGGGUACCACAAGCCGAUUGUCGUCGACAUGGAGUUUACCGUUGUUGGAACCAGAACGAACGAUCAGCCGCCUCAUCUAGAACUAGAUGGGCUGGGAAGUUAG